AUGCAAUCGGACGCAGAAUCUCACCAUGAUGAUGACCAGGCCGUGGAGCCGACAAAAUUGCCUACACCUCCAGACGGCGGGACCAGGGCCUGGCUUCACGUCUUCUUCUGCCAUAUGGUCUUCUUCAAUACCUGGGGAGUCACUAAUAGCUACGGUGUCUUCCAACAGUACUACACACAGACCCUAGGCCAUCCUCCCAGCGACAUUGGAUGGAUCGGCGGUGUUCAGAUGUUCCUACUCUUCGGCAUUGGCGUGUUUUCCGGACGAGCGAGCGACGCUGGGUAUUUCCGCCAUUGCUUCGUCGCCGGUGUCAUCUUACAGGUUCUCGGAAUGUGUCUGACUUCCUUGGGAACGCGAUACUAUCAGAUUUUCCUGAGCCAAGCAGUCUGCGUCGGAUUGGGCAAUGGCCUUAUCUUCACUCCGGGUCUGUCUGUCAUGAGCUCGUAUUUUCAGAAAAGACGCAUUGUUGCUGUCGGGCUGUCGGCCGCUGGUGCAGCAACGGGUGGCAUUGUAUACCCGGCCACUGUGAAUGCAUUGCUCUAUCACUCCUCUGUGGGAUACCCCUGGACGAUGCGUAUCUUGGGGCUCAUUAUGCUUAUCACGCAUAUUCCACCAAUCGUGGGCUACCGCCCAUAUCUUCCGCCUCGCUCCAUCGGACCCGUCGUCGAAUGGCAGGCGUUUCGCGAGAAGCCCUUUGUGUUUUUUGUGGCUGGCAUGUUCUUCAACUUCUGGGGACUAUAUAUGGCAUUUUUCUAUCUAGGAAUUUUCGCCCGCGAAACAAUCCAUGUGACUGACUCGCUGAAUCUGCUCAUCUUGCUGAAUGGCGUUGGUGUCCUUGGUCGCACAGUCCCCAAUUUCCUUGGCGAGCGGUUCGUCGGGAUCCUGAACAUGACCAUCAUCGUCUCCAUCAUCUCGGCGACAUGCGUAUAUUGCUGGGCCGCCAUACACAAUUCGACGGGUCUCUAUGGCUGGGCUGUCAUCUACGGAAUCGCCGGUGGUGGUGCUCAGGCACUUUUCCCUGCCAUGGCCACGCGCCAGACAUCCGAGCUCGACAAGGUCGGCACGAGGACGGGGAUGGUUCUGAGUAUUGUCAGUCUGGCCUGUCUGACCUCUCCGGCUAUCCAGGGCGCGCUGAUUGAGCGUGACGGAGGCAAGUAUUUAGCCGCACAGCUGUUUUCGGCGUCUUCGAUCAUCGUGGGUGCUGGAUUUUUAAUGUUGAGUCGAUGGAGCAGGGUGGGGAUGAUGCUGAAAGUGAAGAUUUGA